UUGACAAAUGGAGUAAGAACGACACCGGUAAUCUCAUGACACUCGUUGUAUUUCAGAGAUAAUGUUCGCGAACAGACUUUAAUAAAGAUAGUGAGCUCGUCCCGACGCGGAUUUCCUGUCGCUGUCCGUCAGCUAGCUUAAAUGAGCUAACGGAAAAUGUCUAAAAAGUCCAAAAAGAGGAAGCACAGGAAGUCGUCUUCAUCCUCCAGUGAGGAAGAUGAGAAGGCAUCCAAAAAACAUGGUGUCACCGACAGUUCCAGAUGUGUUAAGAGGAGGCAGGAGAGCUGUGCAGCAAAACAGGAAAAGUCUGUUUCUUCUUCAACAAAAGAUGAUUCCCAAAGCGCCCGCCGGAUCAAAACACCCGUCUACAGACUCGCAAAAACAGAGACAACAGACCAGAAACCUGUUAAUAAGGGAGAAGAAUGCACAAAAACAAAAAGUGUCUCUUUGCCAUUCCACAGGGGAAAUUGCUCUGAUAAAACAAAGGAUUAUAUUUCAGGGAAACAUAAAACUGUAAGUGGGAGUAAGACUGUGGAGAGUGGUCCCUCAAAGCCCUCGAGUUCUGACACUUCAGGUCGAGUUUCUCAGAAAACAGAGCGGAUCUCUAAAGGCCGCUUAUCUGAAACGUCUUCCCGGAGGAGCCCAUCAACUUUACAGACUCGAACAUGUCCAAGUUCGGUUUCUGCUGAACAGAAGGAACAGAGGCACAAUGUACAGAAGAAGAAAUGCAGAACUGAGGAACCACCAAGGACUAGAAGGGAGAGCCACACUAUGAAGACCAAGGAACCAAGCAGGACCUCCUCUGUCCUCACAGAUUAUUUACUGCAGAAGAGAAAGGAGCUGGUCAAAAAGAUGUACCAACGGCAUCAAGAAAAUGAUUCUAAGGCCGAAAGGAGCCGGUGGACAGAAGCUAAACCUCCAUCUGCCUCCAGCACGAAUCAGUCCUCCACCACAAAUCAGUCCUCCAGCACGAAUCAGUCCUCCAGCACAAAUCAGUCCUCCGCCUCAGCCAAGCACUCUACCUCAGAGAGAAGCUCAAAGCUGGUGAAGAGUUUCACUUUAAUUCCGAGGAGUGUCACAUCAUUGUCACAUAAGACAGCUGGAGCAUCAUCUGCUCAGCAUCAAAAGGAUUCUCUCAAACCUACUCUGCCUAUCAGUUUUAAGAUACCAAAGAAGGUUCAACCAAAACCAGUAGGUCGUACGAGUAACAACAAUAAUGCCAUUUCUGCUAAUAGAAAUCUCAAACAUGGGACCGAGCUUCCAGACUCUGGGGCCAAAGUAACAAACUCCAAGAAGGAGACAGUCCAACAACUUCAGAGCUUUUUCAAUGUAACUCAGAUCCUUUCAUCUGAAGGACAAGAUAAGAGGUCUUCCUUGUCUGACCCAAUCCAAACUGUAUGUGAUGCCACCCCGGAGCCGUGGUAUGACCAGAUGCAGGUGGUUGAUGAGCUUCAUCUUGCCCGUAAUGAGAAGAAAUUGGAGGUGAAUGUAAUGCAGAGCUAUGGAGAACUGACCUCUAUGGACAUAGAUCCUCAAGAAGAGCAAGCUACAGAUCAAUACUGUAAACAAUCCCCUCCACAAGACCUUAUCCUGGUUCUGGACACCAACAUUCUCCUCAGUCACCUGGAUUAUGUGAAAAAGAUCCAGUCUCUUGGCCUUGGAGCCCUGGGCUUCCCUGUUGUCCUGAUCCCCUGGGUGGUGCUUCAGGAGCUGGAUUCCUUAAAAAGAGGGAGAGGCCUGUCAGGCUCUGUGGCACACCUGGCUACUCCCGCCAUCUCGUACAUUUACAACACUCUGAAGGGCCGGGAAUCGAACCUCUGGGGCCAGUCGAUGCAGCAGGCCGCUGAGAGCAGCAAUGGUCCGAUCGCUGAGAAUAACGACGACAGAGUUCUGCAGUGCUGCCUGCAAUACCAGAGUCUGUACCCAGGGCGUGCUCUCAUCCUAUGCACUAAUGAUAAGAACCUGUGCAGUAAAUCCAUCCUGAGUGGGGUGAAGGCCCUCAGCAAGAAUGAUUUGGAGGCAGAGGUUGGGAGAUCCAGACGCAGCCUUCACCCUCUCCUAAACACCGACACUCCCAUGGUGCCUCACACAAGCCCUCAGAUCUCCUCAUCACCGCUGAGCAGGAGUCACACGCCAGCCCGGCCUCAUAUUCAAGAGAGAACAGGCCUUUCUGUGGCACCCGUAGUGAAAUAUAACCAGCAGCUCGGUGGAGGAGGAGGAGAAGCGAAGGCAAACAGGGACCUCAGCAGAUGUGUUUCUGAGCUGGAAGACAGCCUGCGGGAGGUGCUGUCUGAUGUGUUGGAGGUGGAGAUGAAGGCGGCUUUUGAAGAACUCUGGUUAGAGAUCGUUUAUCUCAAACCACCGUGGACUCUUCAAGAUGUCCUGCAGUGCCUGAAAAAACACUGGAUCGCCGUAUUUGGGCACAUUGUCCCGCGCCGGAAAGAGCAGACUGUUUUAAAUCUCAUCGAAUUUUUCAACUCAGGUAAAACCUUGGACUGUGAUGCUACUUUACAAGCACUUCAAGAAGCCAAGGAGCUUGUGAAAGCAUUUGGGAAAAGUUCAAGCCUUGUACCCAGCGCCAUUUCCAUAAUGGACAACAUUUUCAAUAAGCUACAACCUCAGCCUCAUCCGUGUGUGUCGGGGGAACCUCCUGCCUGCGAUGUUGUCAUGAAUGACGACGACGAUGAAGACGGACAAGUCGUGUCUGCUCAGGUCACUCAUCAGGAAGUGUGGGCCCUGUUUGAGAACAUCUGGUGGAACGUGUAUCAGGAAAGCUUGGAAGUGUUCAAAGCGCUGGGCUUUGACCCUCACACCAUGCAGAGUGUCCGGCCAGCGGGGGGGCCUCCGCCACCACAGGACGCCUUGGCUUGUUUGCACAAACUGUCCAACAUGGUGUCACAGCUGCUUCAGGCCUUCAGCAGUUUGUUGUCCUCGGCCCCUAGUUUGGAGAAAGUCCAGACACUGCUCAGCAUCAUCCACUUUCACAAGGUUGUUAACGUGGACUCCAGAUUGACGCCUGCAGACCUACUUGAUUGUUUCUCACAACAAGAGUACAGGGAGAAGCUGAGGGUCGGAGGGACGCAGCUACAGGGUCUCCACGAGGCCCUCGACCGUUGUGCAGGGGCCACAGGUCACAACCUCUCCUUCACCACGUCGCCCUGAACAGACUCGAGUCAGGACGUCGGCCUUGAAUAACUGAUAGGACAAACUAGACAACACUGUUCUCCUCCCCUGAUUGAAUGGAUGACUGUGGCUGCUCUGAAUUGAUGUGAAGGGUAAAUCAUAUGUUAAAUGGGUCUGGUUUGUUUUGUAUCCGGCUGUUUUCAAUGUUUUCUCAGGUUCAUUUAGAUAUUACAUACAUACUAAAUGAAGCAACGCUGUACAGUUACAUCCUCGUUAUUUUUUUUAUUUUCAGCUUUCGGUUUCUGUCAAUGUUUCCAAGAAGAAGUGUAAAUUAUUUGAGAACAAAAUAUAUUUUAAGUAAGAGUUUUAUGUUUACAACAAGAAAUUAAAAAGCUUUGAAGCAC